AUGAAGUGUAUCUUUCCAGUGACAUACAUACCCUUGAUCGCAAUCGCCGCCUGCGGCCCGUUUAUUGCACUGUUGCUAUCGAACCCGGAGAAAGUGAUCCGUCGCGAUGGCGUCAAGAUCCAGACUAAGAAACAGCCCAAUGCGUGGGAAGAGGCGAAGAAGGUCUUUAGUGCUGUUCAGCGGAGAGAGAUGCUCCUCUUAACCCCACUCUUCAUCUUCUCCCAAUGGUUCCUCUCCUACAAGGGCAACUUCACUGCGGUAUACCACUCCGUCCGGGGUCGCGCUCUCACAUCCUUCACAGGGGCAUUCGCUGGCAUUGCCGGCACAUUUGCAAUGGGCGUCUUUCUGGAUUCGACACGGCUGUCAAAGUCUGCCAAAUUUCGAUGGGCCUUUAUCGUUGUCUACACGCUAUAUACUCUCGUGUGGUUGUGGUAUACGGUUGUGCAGUGGUACUAUGAGAAGACUGCUCCUGUCGGAUUAGACUGGGCGCAAGGAGAGUUUUAUGCUAGUUUCCUGUUGAUGCUGGCUGAUGGAUUCGUCGACCAUGCAUUCCAGACAUUCAUGUACGCACUUGUUGGAUCGUUGACAGAGAAUGUUGACGAGCUCGAGCGAUACACGGGGUAUAUGAAGGCCGUAAAUACGGGCGGCGCGGCGCUGGGAUAUGCGGUGCAGACGCAAUGGAGUAUGGUGGGCGCCGAGGCGUUGCUGUCAGUUGAUCUUUGA